UUCCGGUUCCGCCCAGCUGUUGCUAAGGAAGUUACCAUUACAGCAAAUGGGCAGCGCCCUGCUUCAACCUAUCGCUGCUGCGGACGAUGACCCGCCGGUAACUUCCUUUAAGAGUGCAAACAGAGGAUAUCUGCUGGUGACAACUUUGGAAUGGAUGGCUGUGGUUUGCAUGUAAAGUAAUGCCAAGUGGCAAGGCCAUGUUGCCAGGAGUUGGUGUUUUUGGCACCGGCAGCACUGCCCGGGUGCUGGUUCCACUGUUGCAAGCUGAGGGCUUUGAGGUUCACGCGCUUUGGGGACAGAGUGAAGAGGAGGCUUGCUGCUUGGCAAAGGAACUCGGCAUCCCGUUUCAUACUAGUCGAUCUGAUGAUGUCCUCCUGCACCAGGAUGUAGAUCUGGUCUGCAUCUAUAUCCCUCCCUCAAUGACCAGACAAAUUGCAGUCAAAGCACUGGGUAUUGGUAAGAAUGUAGUUUGUGAGAAAGCUGCAACUGCUGUCGAUUCAUUUAAGAUGGUGACUGCAGCCAGAUACUACCCCCAGCUGCUGAGCAUGAUGGGUAACACCCUACGCUUCCUGCCAGCCUUUGUGGAGAUGCGUCAGCUGUUGGUGGAAGGAUACGUCGGGAAUAUACAGGUGUGUGAUGUGCGGGUCUAUGGGCCGAGCCUCUUGGACCAGUCCUACGGUUGGACCUCUGAGGAGCUGAUGGGUGGAGGCGGGCUGCACAUCGUUGGAUCCGCCAUCAUCGACCUGCUAAGUUACCUCACGGGCACCAGAGCUCACCGUGUGCAUGGUUUACUGCGGACUUUUGUUCAACAGAACAGCCUAAUCCGAGGCAUCCGCCGCAUCACCAGCGAUGACUUUUGUUUCUUCCAGAUGUUGAUGGGUGAAAGCGGGUCCUCGGGCGUAUGCUGCACUGUGACCCUGAACUUCAACAUGCCGGGGUCGUUUGUGCAUGAGGUUAUGGUAGUUGGAUCUGGUGGAAGGUUGGUCGCCAGGGGCACCGAGUUGUUUGGUCAUCGAAAUGAGAGUAAAUAUGAGGAGCUUCUAUUGGCUGACAGCAGCGGGGUUGGACCAGAGGUGAAAGAGAUGCCCCUCCCACACCUGCAGGGGCUUAGCUCUAUGGUGAAGGCCUUGAGACAGUCCUUUCAGGCUCAGGAAGAGCGACGGUCAUGGGCCCGAGGACCGAUUGCCUCUGCGCCAACCUUUGAGGAUGGCCUGUAUGUGCAGACGGUGGUGGAGGCUGUGAAACGGUCCAGCAGCAGCGGCGAAUGGGUCUGUGUGGAGAUCAUGAGUCAGGAGCCAGAUCCCAACCACAACUUGUGUGAGGCGCUGCAAAGAAACAAAAACUGACUUGGUGCAAAAACUACCUGCGUAACAGAACAUGAAUCUGAAUGUCUCGCUGUAAUUCAGCCGCUUUGACCGUUUACAUCAAACUAGACUACUUCCUUCCAUGUGUUAACUUACUCUCAGGUUUUGCAGAUUAAUGUUUCACCUAAACAAACACAGCUGCAUUGUCUGUUGGCGCCUGCAGGAAGAUGCAUUGUAAACCACAGCCUUAUUAUUUGGAUUCUGACCAGUGCAAAUACUGAUAACCUAUUUCCAUCAAAUCUUUUUGACCAGGAUGUGCCAAUGACACAGCAGAUGUUGUCUUAACCUGGCUUAUUUAAAACUGAGAAAUAACGAAUGUAUUUUUCCAUCGUUUUAAUUUGCAUCGACACCUAUGUUAGAUAUAGCAUUAUAUACAACCAACUAGGUAUUUGUCUGUGUGUUUUAAACAUAUGUGCUGCAUUUAAUGUGCAUCAACAACUGAGCACAAUGUCUUCGCUCUCAUAGUUAAUCUGUGUUGUAACUUAAAAUUGUGGUUUGUUUUACUUUAUCUUGGAUGUACUGAAAUGUGGGGCAAUUUCUUAUUCUGCAGAGUUUACCUUAGUUUGAAUAUAAAAACGAGGGUGUCGUUUGACUUGCAAAGUGCUUUGUCAUGACCAAUUCAAAUGACCUCUAAGUCAGGUCUGAAUAGUGUCACUGUGUGCAGUUUACGUUUAGUUUUGCUCUAUUUUGGACCUGGUUGUGUUGGUCAAGUUAGUAAUGUUAUAACACACAAUAGCCGAUACCUUUGUCAUUUUCAGCAUUUUGUUUUUAAUGACGCUAAAAGAUAACGAUUUGUAAACAACAUCAGGAAGUUCCUAAGGCAAUAACAUAAAGCCAAUGAUGUGAAAAGAAAUGUUCCUCCAAACAUGAUGAUAACUAAACAAAUAUAUAAGCAAACCAUCAAAUUACCAACUUUUUCAAUAACUGCAAUCUUUGUAUUGUUAUGAUUUCCAACUGUAGCUAUCUGUGUUCAGUGUAAUGGCAUGUUAUUGGCAGAAUGCUAUGUUCUAAACUCAAAACAUUGAGGAAUAACUAUUGGGUCUUAUCGUUGCCUUUGUUGAAUUUAAAAUGGUCAAAAUAAGGACAUUACAGGUUUGUAAAGGUAACAAAAAACACCAAGAAAGAACAGUUCUUGUUUGUUUAUUCCUGUUACUUUACACUUUGGCAAUUAUACCAGGAACUGAGUAAAAUAAGCUGUGUAGAGAAUAGGAUGUUUAAUUUGUAGCAUUGUCACCUUUAAAUGAUCUGUUAAGUUUAGCUUCUGUUGUGCAGCAGGCUGUAGAUGUGGUGCCAGAACUAUUUGGUUUAAUGCAUCACACUUUCAUUCUUUUAAGAGGAAUUUACUACAUAUAGUUAUUAUUGCUGCAUGGAUGAAACAUGCUUUGUGAGUUAUUUAGAUUUUGUCAAAACUGAGACAUUCCACCUCGAUCCUUUUAGAUGUUGAAACUAAGUGAUGGUGUGGGACACUAAUAUUUACCAGUUUACCUGCUCUUAGCUGCAAGGAAGCCUUUAAAUAGAGCUUUGAAUAUUAAUAUGUUGAUAUUUGACAACUAAAUUUAAAGAUAUAGAAUAUUGUUUACAUUUGUUGUUGUUUUUUUAAUACAAGCAAAACAAGAGUGACUUUAAUCAUUUUAAAUCUAGUUCAAGGCACAAGGAUUUAAUACAUUUUUUGUUACAGUCCAAUCUCCAGUUUAAAAGGCGUCCUCAGUGCUGGUGAAUCAAGAGGCGUUAAAGAGUAGAUGGGGUUAUUUCAUCUGUAAAUUAGCUGACAUAGACAUACUACUAGUUGCAUCUCAUGUUCUCAAUAGUGCUCUAGUUUAUGUUGCAUUUCCUUUGAAAAUCCUUUUGCUUACUGGCUGAUCCAUCACUGCUUAAACGCAUUCCAGCUGAUCUGUUCCACCAUCAGCAAAUUUUCUUUGUCUUUUACACUGAUAAAAUGCCACCUAUUGACUAUACAGUUUAUUGCCUGCACCACCCAGCUUGCUGCAAAUGUGACUUUAACAUUUAUAAGAGACUUUUUGUAUUUAUUUAAUUACAUUGUAGAUGUUUUUUUUCAACCUGUGAAUUUCUGUUUGAUGCUGUAAUAUUUAUAUAUCUAUUGUUUUUUUUUGUUUUUUUUAUUCAGUCUUGUUUUAACUCAUAUGGCAUUUUGAGCACUAAUUUGCUGCUUCAAAGUUGAUAAACUGUACUGUUCAUCUGUGUAACAGAUAUUUUCUUUUUAAUAAAUGCAGUUGU